AUGAUCAAAAUCGCUGUACUCACCUCGGGUGGCGAUAGUGCCGGGAUGAAUGCAGCAGUCAGAAGCGUAGUAAGAACUGGAAUCUCAAAAUCGUGCGAAGUGUAUGUGGUUCGAGAGGGAUACGAAGGACUAGUCCGAGGGAACGAAGCCCACCCCGAAAAGCACAAGGCGGACACCCUGAUGAUCCCAGAAAUCCACAGCAACACUCGUCCGCAAUGGCUCAAGACCUCCGAUCGACCGCUGUCCACUAACUUCAUCUCCACCUACUUCGGCGCCGAAUCCCUCAAACAUGGCGAGGCUGACAGCGAACUCAGAGGGCAACAUAUCAUCAGGGUCGGGUGGGAUGAUGUCGGUCCGUUCCUAAGUGAGGGUGGUACCUUAAUCGGAACCCAACGAUCUCAAAGCUUUCGGCAACUUGAAGGCCGCAGAAAAGCCGCGCACAACUUAAUCAUUCACGGGAUCAAUGCGCUCGUAGUAUGUGGAGGAGAUGGCUCCUUGACCGGUGCGGAUAAGCUUCGAGCGGAAUGGCCCGAACAUGUGAAUGCGUUACUUGCCUCAAAUGAGAUCACAGCCGAACAAGCCCAAACAUACCACCACUUGAUCAUCGUAGGAUUGGUGGGCUCGAUCGACAACGACAUGGCGAUGACGGAUGUGACGAUCGGCGCGCCCACGGCGCUCCAUCGGAUCUGCGAGUCCAUCGACAACAUCUCCUCCACCGCCUCCUCGCAUUCCAGAGCCUUCGUCGUCGAAGUCAUGGGGCGCAAUUGUGGAUGGUUGGCCUUGAUGGCUGGAAUGAGCUCCGGUGCAGAUUAUGUUUUCAUCCCUGAAAAACCACCGGCAUAUGAUGAUUGGGAACAUGAGCUAUGUGAAGCCUUACGGAGACAUCGAGAGAUGGGGAAACGGAAGAGCAUCGUGAUAGUAGCAGAAGGAGCGAUCGACAAGAACCUACAGCCGAUCAAGGCGGACUACAUUGCCUCGAUCCUGACGGACCGGUUGAAGCUAGACACCCGAGUGACCACCUUGGGUCACACCCAACGAGGGGGGAAGCCGUGCGCAUAUGACCGCAUCCUCGCGACCCUUCAGGGGAUCGAGGCCGUCGAGGCCGUCCUCGAAUUGUCCCGCAAUCCGGAGGGCGAAAGCCCGUUGAUCGGCUUGCGCGAAAACCAAAUCAUUCGGGUCCCACUCAUGAAAGCCGUCGAAACCACUCAAGCCUUGGCUAAAGCGAUCGCCAAUAAGGAUUUCAAACAUGCGAUGAGUCUCAGAGAUACGGUAUAUCAAACCAGUUUCGAUGCAUUUGCGGCGACCACUCGGCUUGAUACGCGGAUCAAACUGCCAGAUUCUCAGCAGAUGCGGAUCGGGAUAAUCCAUAUUGGUGCACCAGCAGGCGGGAUGAAUGCGGCGACCCGGACGGCGGUGCGAUAUUGCUUAACCCGGGGACACACGCCGCUGGCGAUUUUCAACAGCUGGACGGGGCUGAUGGACGGGCAUGUGGAGGAGCUGGGGUGGCUGCGGGUGGACCAAUGGACGACCCGUGGCGGGUCCGAGCUGGGCACCAAUCGGGUCCUGCCCUCUGCUGACAACAUCGACGAAAUCGUCGCCCGGAUUAAGAUGUUUAAGCUCGAUGGUCUCCUCCUCAUCGGUGGAUUCGAGGUGCUGAAGAGCCUCCAAUUCUUGGACUCCGUCAAGAGUCAAUACACUGAAUUGGAUAUCCCCAUGGUCCAUUUACCCGCUACGAUCAGUAAUAAUGUUCCGUUGACUGAAUGGAGUUUGGGGAGUGAUACAAGUAUCAACGUCUUAGUGGAAGCGUGUGAUGCGAUCCGACAAAGUGCCUCAGCCAGUCGUAGUCGAGUGUUUGUUGUUGAGACUCAAGGCGGAGAAUGUGGUUAUAUUGCCAUGCUAGGGGCCUUAGCAACAGGGGCAGCGGUAGUUCAUACGCCGGAGAUCCCGAUCGGCUUGGAGCAGAUCACGAAAGAUGUGCAGUUCUUGAAGCGACGAUUCCUUGCGGACCGGAAGGGGAAGUCACUGGGCCGACUAUUGAUCCGGUCGGACAAGGCGUCGAAGACGUACACGAACGAGGUGAUGACGCGGAUCCUGAAUGAGGAGGGGCGGGGUUUGUUUGAUGCGCGCCAGGUGAGUCUGGGGCACACCUUACAGGGAGCGAUCCCUUCUCCUCGGGACCGGACCCGGGCAGUGGCCCUGUCGAUCCAAUGCAUCGCCUUCCUCGAGCGCCAUUCGACCAAGGUCGAUCCUAGCGAACAUCGUACCCCGCCUGCUUCGGCAUCAGUCCUCAAUCGCAAUACUUCUCUGCCUAAGGUCGAGCCGAUCAAUCAGGACGACGAGAAUAUGUGGGGCACUAUCGUGAUCACGGGCAGUCUUAUCAGGAUCGCUAACCUCCAGGAGAUGAUCGAGAAUGCCGACUUUGUCAAUCGUAGAGCGCUCAAGCCUUGGUGGGCUGAUUUCAAAAACCUCGUCGAAAUCAUGGCGGGUAAAAAACAGGAUGAGAUCUGUAAUAUCCAGGCUUGA